AAUGUGCAGCACUUGACCAAACCAAAGGGUAAAUACAGUGUAUCCAUAAGGAUUUCUCUGUACGGAAGGUGAAACCGCGUCUGUGUAGCCUGUGUAAUGUGCUGUGCAUUGCUGGAGAUAGCCAGGCCUGCUCCAGAACCCAGGAAGAGCUGCAGCUCAGAGACACUCUGAUACAGAAUGGCAGCAGCCCGGUCAGUCCUGUCGCUCUCCAGGAUUUUACAGCCGUGGAGCGGAGUGACGGGCGGCACGGUGAUAAGACCAGUUCUAUGCAGUAGGAGAGAGAAGACCACUUAUACACCUCCUCCUGCUAAGUACGGAGGCCGACACACAGUGACCCUGAUUCCUGGAGAUGGGAUUGGACCUGAACUCCUGAACCAUGUCCGAGAGCUCUUCAGGUUCUGCUGCGUCCCUGUGGACUUUGAGGUGGUGACGGUUGAUUCGUCUGUUGUUUCAGAGGAUGAGAUUAAUAACGCAGUCACAGCAAUCAGACGCAAUGGAGUGGCACUGAAGGGAAACAUUGAGACCAAUCACAACCUUCCACCUUCUCAUAAGUCCAGGAACAACCUGCUACGCACGUCUCUGGAUCUUUAUGCUAAUGUGAUGCACUGCCAGACCCUGCCUGGAGUUCAGACCCGCCACAAAGACAUAGACAUCAUCAUCAUCAGAGAGAACACUGAGGGAGAGUACAGCAGCUUGGAGCAUGAGAAUGUCCCUGGAGUGGUGGAGAGUCUGAAGAUCAUCACCCGAGUGAACUCUUUGCGGAUUGCUGAGUAUGCCUUCAAGCUAGCGAGAGAGAAAGGCCGCCGCAGGGUCACAGCUGUACAUAAGGCUAACAUCAUGAAGCUGGGUGAUGGGCUCUUCCUGCAGUGCUGUAAAGAGGUGGCAGCAGGAUAUCCUGAUAUUGCUUUCGACAACAUGAUUGUGGACAACACCACCAUGCAGCUGGUUUCAAAACCCCAGCAGUUUGACGUGAUGGUGAUGCCCAAUCUGUACGGUAACGUGGUGAGCAACGUGUGUGCCGGACUCGUCGGUGGACCAGGCCUGGUGCCAGGAGCCAACUAUGGAAAGGACUACGCUGUCUUUGAAACAGCCACAAGAAACACUGGGAAAAGCAUUGCUAACAAGAACGUUGCAAACCCCACUGCUACACUGCUGGCCAGCUGCCUGAUGCUGGAUCACUUAGGGCUUGUUGACUACGCCAGUAUGAUCCGGAAAGCCAUUUUCAAGACGCUCUCAGAGACUCGGUUGCACACAGCUGACAUCGGGGGGCUGGCCACAACAUCUGAGGUGGUGCAGUCCAUCAUGCGGGAGGUGCAGAAGACAGGACCUCUUACUUCUGAAUAUAUUUGAACACAUAGUUCAGCUCAACACCAGGUAGAAAUCUUCAAUCAGUCAAGCAUAAAGCUGCUGUGCGUGUGUGUGUGUGUGUGUGUGUGUACAUGCAUACUGCUGUACAACCAGGCCAUGACAUCAUACUGUACUGUACAUAAAGUAAAAGUAGAUAGCACUUAAGCUUUGGAAUGUCAUACUGUCUGAAUAUUGUGUCUAAAAAUAACUAGUUUAAUAAGUUUAAGUUUUUUUUUUUUUUUGAAUUAGAAAGUGGUACAUUAUUGCAAGCUAAAAUACAAUGCAGCUUAGAAAAUACAUUAAGAAUAUUCAGAAAAGUAAAAAUUCUGUAAAUGAAAAAAAAAACAGCAUUGUCUUAUCAUACGCUCAUCUUUACAUUUACCUGAUGCUCUUACUCAGAGCAAGUUACAAGGUUACUUGUAUUACUUACAGACUAGAGUCAAUCCAAUAUAGUGGUAGGGGUUUAUUAGUGUUUAAGGCAGCAUAGUCACCCAGACCAGAAAUUGAACCCAAGUCUCUUAAAUCUCCUACAUCACAGUUACAGUUACAUAUUGGCUUUUUCUGUUGCGCCACACCAACCUUUCUUUACAAAUAACUGCUUAUUCUGUAGUGCAUACUGCUGUUUACAUUAUUGGUACUAUCAAAAGGAGAUCCAGCCAGUUCAAGCCUGAUUUGAUACCCGAUGAUGCCAAAACUGGCCCCCCUCUCUUUCAGUAACUCAGUGUGAUGAUAGCCGAUAAGGUUGUCUGUUAAAAGUAGCUGUAUUGAUUUUUUUGUGCCUACCUGGGGAAGUUAUCCACUGCGCUUAUCAAAUUAUCACUAUUAUACAGAAUUUUUAAGGCUUCUUGCAUUAGACACCUCAUUAGGAGAGUCACCAGGCAUUCUCAGGCACGGAAUAUGAUAACAGACCUCCUUUUCCAGGACAACAGGAUAUUUCCAGUCCCUCAGCAUAUUUAUUUGUAGAUUCAUUAGAUUUAAAUGUUACAUCCUGUAUAAUAACAUAAAACACUGUGUUAUAAUGUAAACUGGUGUGAAGCCACUAAGCAUGUUCUUAACCAGACGUUUUAAUGCAUAUAUUUUUUUUAAUCAUUGUUUAGUUUAUUAGCCAACUGCUAAUCAGCCAGGCCAAAAUGUUUUUUUUUAUUAUUAUUCUUACCAUGCAGGAAUAUAAAUGAUUAGUUACUUGUUUAUCUGAAUAUAAUACUGUCUGUGCUUCCUGAAAGUUACUUAAUCCUAAAUAACAGCCAGGGGUUAACUAACCAGUUUUAAGGGUACAUUGAAUGAUAUAGUGUGGCUUUACAGUUUUUAACACUCAACUCAUCUUUAACAUAAUAAUAAAGGUACUGUAUCUAUGAGAUGUUUUACCUGAAGACAAAAUUUCUCAGUUAAUAAUAUAUGUGCAAAAUGUCUUUUUUUUUUUUUUUUAACUGUUACGUUGUUGAGUUGUUCAUGGGGGUAGCACCUUGUGUAGUUACAUAUAAUCAAAUGAAGUACAUUUUGUUCUUCUGUACAAUUAACUUACUAUACAGUACCGUAUUUUUCGCACUAUAUGGUGCACUUAAAAUCCUUUAAUGUUCCCAAAAAUCGUCAGUGCGCCUUAUGUAUGAAUUUUACCAGUAAGGAGCGGUAAAGCCACUUAAUGCUGAAGUGCAGCAUUAUACAGGAGUUUCAGUUUAGUUCUGCAGCACUGAGACUUGAGCAGCAUUAGCAUUAGCUGCUAACCACGCUAAGCGCUAACUCUUUCGCCAUUCAGAGGUGACUAUUAUCAGACUGUAGCCUGCUGUUAACCCCAGCUAGAGCUGCUGGAGCUGUAUUAGCCACAAACCGCGCUAAGCGCUAGCUCUUUCACUGUUCAGAGGUGAGUAUAUCGGACUGUAGUUUGCAUGUUCACUGUGUUAAAACAAGCUACGUGGGACCGCUAGCUAAUAUCAUCCUGGCUUACCAGAACUCUCAGGGUUCCUCAAUGUAGCUGCAUCAGGGAGAGCUUACGAGUGCUAACCAUGGCUAGCGCUAGCUAAGCUUACUGUAAAUAAACAGAAGCGCUUUACUCACCCAAAUAAACGUUUUUCUGGAGAGAAAUCUGUGUAGACUAACAUCCAGCAAUCGUUUGACUUUAAAAGAAAAUGUUUUUUUAAGAAUAAACUUAGUUUUACUUAACUUUGUUGACCCCCCACCACCACCCAGCGAUGAGACCUGCUGAAUUAGAAGGAAGACAUGGCAACACCCCUGUUUUUUACUAGUUUUGCAUAAUGUGCUGUAUAAUCUGGUGAGCCUUAUGUAUGAAAAUAGACCCAAAAAUACACAAUCAUUGAUAGUGCGCCUUAUAAUCUGGGGCACCCUAUAGUGCGAAAAAUAGAUUUUAUAUUUGUAACUCAGCUACAUUUUAGUCCUUCACAUUUAGUUACAUUUUUCUUUUCGUGUUUAAUUUCAUUGUUUUAUCUGUGACAGCUUUAAAAGUGAUUAGGGUGUUUCCACUCCUUUAGUUUGUUCAGUCUGGUCUGAAUCUGUGAAUACGUUUGUUAAAUUGGAGAAAAUUUCCUUUUGGUUCGGUUUGUUUUUACACAGGGAAAAUCCAAGAGCACCAAAAUGCAUCACAACAAAUCAUGUGAAAACAUUCUCUCUGCUAAUUGGUCAGACCUGUCUAGGAAAGGAGUAGGAACGAAGUAAAUACAGGAAGUGUCCUGUGUUCUGGACUAGUACUUUUUUCUGUGCUGCUUAACAAGGAGCAACAGCAGAGGUGACACUUGCUCAUAGUUGAUAAUGUAAUUAUCUGGGUAAUAUACCAAGUUAAACCCGGCUAUGGCAGCUGUUUAGCUUAAAAAUGCACAGAGAUUUACACCUGAUAGUUUAGUCAGAUUGCAGUCAGAUCAUAUUCUCACCACAAACUUACUACUUCUGGGGUGUGGUGGUUGUUGUGGUUUGAUCCCAUAUGUGAGUGCAAUUACUGUAUUCACACCUAUACAAAGAAAUCUUACCAUGGGUAAAAAAAAAAGAAUAGUGAGUCUGAUUUAAGUGUAAUAAAGAGGAGGUUUUCACAACUGUGUUUUAGAUCAAUUUAUUCAAACUAUGUUUUCAUUUGGCUUGUUGCGACACGGUUUGAAGCAUGUGGAUUUUACCCUAUGUGAAAACAAACCAAACCAAGGUCAAAAUGCUUCAAAUUUACAAAUACGGUAACUGAUUUUUGGACCAGAGCAAACCAAGAACAGGUGUGGAAAUGCCCUAAACAUUAUGCUCCUGUUCUAAGGCAUUUCAUAUGGUACUAUACUUCUACUUCUUAUUUAGAAAAAAAAGGACUUUUAUGUACUUAUAUGUUCUCGCAAUACUUUUACUUGAGUGCGGGUUCAAGCUAUUCCACCCAGCUCUGGAGCUUUGUAAACUAUGGUAUUAUUUGUCAAGUACAUACAACUUAUGUCAUAAUCGAUUAAUAAUAAAUGAUUUAUGUAAGAAAAAAUGUUUCAUAACUGCUCCUGUGAACUAGAGCUGAAAAGUGAGUUACUGUGAUAUUUACUUUACAAAGAGGUGUGGUGCUUUCGUGAGCUCUCAGGGAAUGCUAAGUGACAUACGCUGAUUCUUAUUGUUGCUGUCAGACAAAAACCUUCUAUCUCCAGUGUUUUUUUAUUUUCUGACAUAGUUUAAAUAUUGUUAAUCUUUGCAUUGUGUCAAAAUUGAGUAUCGAACCAAUAGAAAUGCUACAAAAUGACUUUUUAACAUUGAUAAAAAUUAUAAUGCCAGUUAUUAAUUUGCUUCUUAGCUAAAAUUCAUUGGAAUUGUACACUUUAAAAUACUUUAAUAAUUAAUGUUAUUAAUAAUUAUAUUACGUUUUUUAAUCACAUGACAUUUCCUUCUAAUUUAAAGUUGCUGUUUUAAAGAAACCCAUUUAAAUAUUUUUUGUUCAGGUCAAGAAAUUACUAGAAGCCUGUUAGAAAUUUGUGAUCAGACGGUAUAUAGUGGGAUCAUAAUGCAACAGAUGCAUAUUUACUCAGUGUAACCUAUCAAAUACAAACAAUGCAGAACAUUUAUAGAGGUUAUGUCAAAUUCGGUUUAGUGCCAGAUUGAGUCAGUCAAUGUUUCAAUUAAUGAGUUUAUUGUAUUUUUUUGUUAUUAGUCAAUGUUGCUUGUCUACAAAAUGUACCUUUCACCAGUAAACACUGUUCACCUCAACAAACUGUCAUUUCUUUACAUUUUUAUUUGGAAUGAAGAUGUUAUUUAGCACUAAAUAUACUAUAGUAUUAUAGACAGUAGGUCAGUUUUGCACUGAUUACUUUAUUGCCAGUAGAUGGCACUGAAGUCCUGUGGUUUCACUGAAGCAAGGCUGAUGUGCUCUGUAACAUGAUUGGCUAAAUCAAAUAAAAUACAUGAAUUAAAAA